GGACUAAAAAAUACACAUAUACCCUCAUCCUUUUCCAGCCUAAAUCAAGUUUCCUGUCAACACAGACAUUUUCUUUGUACCAAGACUAGAUCUGUAUUUAAGAAGUUGCUGUAAACACAAAUAUUUGUUUGCAGUUUUUUUCUGUUUUCCUCCUUGCCAUUUGCUAGAAAGGUUGGGGCAAUAUAUUCUGCAGGAGGAAAUAUACUGAAGGAGUAUCUCUUAGGAGGAGAAAGUAUAGCUGAGAUCUGAAGUCCUCCAUCAAAUGUGGAAACCCCUUUUCCUUCUGCCCAGGACUAGCAGUGUUUGUCACACCGCCCACUGGAGAUUAAUUUUUCAUAGUCUACGUAAUAAGAGGAAGAUGAGAGAAAUGAGUCAGUUACUUAAAAAUAUUUAUUAAACUUCCCGCCCCGGAUCAGAAACUCUAAAAAACAAACAAACAAAAGUAAUAUACUCUUCCGUGUUUACUAAACUAGGCUCAUUUUUCCUGUUUUAAUGGUGACUCAUAGCCAAAAGGCAGAAGAGACUCCAGAAGAAUUGUGAGGUACUGCAUUGUCCUUGACAAGCCAUGCUAAAUAUCAGGAAUUAAUAUAAAGCUAUAAACAGGGGACCCAGGCAGUUUUCCUUAUUGGAUUUUUCAGACUUCCUGCCACAGGCUGCCCUUGUGGGUAGGAGAGCACAUUCUGUCCUGCUUUUAGCAGCAGAGCCAGGCCAAUUUGCAUUCUUGUGGGCAUUGUUUUCCCUUUCUUUGUUUUGUGGUUACUUGAGCUUAUUUAUCUCUUUUAUUGUCAUAAGCAUUUUCUAUUCCCACCAUCUAGCCUUUAUGAAAGUGUAUCAGCGCUGAGGCUCCAGUCUUUCUGUAUUUUAUUUGGGAAUGAGUUGAUUUUCUAUCUGUCUUUGGUACUAAUAAAAAUCUAUAAUUUAAAUGAACAACUUCAGCAAAAACAUGGCAUGGCUGAUGAUUAUAUAACCAGCUCUGAUCAGAAAGAACAGAUUGAAUAUUAGAAAACGCAGAGUUUUGGUACAAGGAUGACAUAUUUGUCACCAGAGCAUUAUUGCUUUAUAACAGAGCUCUGAAAUACUCGUUUAAUUUCCCUGAUCUCUGAGGAGUUCACGUUGCUGCCUUUGCAUUCCUUCACAUUUGGUUUACUACUCUAAUUUGAGUUAGUUUUUAUGUUUUCAAAUAGAAAAGCAAAGGUAAUGGCUGUAUUUCUAACCAUUAAUGGCAGUGUAGGACUGAAUAUGCCCUUUUUCUAAAGACAGGAAAGUCUACAAUAUUUUACACUUGUGAAGGUUUUGAAAGUUUAUCUUUUUGCUCAUACUGAAAGGAACAUCUGAGCUUAAUUACAGCAGGUGCUUCAUUAAGAUCUCUGGAAGUUUUGAGCAUCAUGCAAGCAUUCAGAUUCAGACUCUUCCCUGUCAUUCUCAGCAACUUCAGAAAACAUUUGGACCCACGUGACUCUCAGAUCCCUUGCAGUUUUUCUAUCUGUUUUUCUAGUACUUUUUACAGUAAGGUUUUAGAAUAUUUGUGACUGCAUGGACGAAGCAAGAUUCUUCCUACGUUUCUGUGUAGGUCUGGAGCAGCUGCAUAGCUCUCAGUCCCACAGUGCACUCAUCCUACAACAUUACCUGAGACAAAGAAAAGUCCUGAGGCAUUGUGGGGCCUGGAAAUUGAAGCAGGAGAGCAUGAGAGAGAGAGAUGAAGAGUUCACUAAAAUAAAUAAAACAAAGGAGAUUCUCUGUCUCACUGCAAAGAUUGUCCCUCUUUGCUGUCUGCCACUGCUGCACACCAAGGAUCCUAAUUGUCACCUUUUUACUGCCACAGCUGUGUGUGUUAAUGAGGUGUUGAUAGUAUUUGUGUGUUAAAAUAUCUUGCAGUUGUGUGUGUGUGUUUUACUGUAUAAAAAUAACUAGUUUUGUGCUGCUCCAUAUGUGAUACACGAACAGGAAUUAGGCCGUGCUUAUUGUGUGCAGUUGGUUUAUGAGGCAGUAUAUUAGUAGUGUGGUAAUAUGGUGUCCUUUCCCAUCACCUUCUAGCCAAGGAUUAAAACACAGUUUCCAGGUAUUAAUGAAUUAAAUUUCAUGGUGUUCCUCCAAAGCUUGGAGGCAAUAAACUUAUUUUGACACCCAGAUAGAUGGAUGCGUGGAGAUUAAAUGAUUUGCUGGGAGAAGUGUCAUUUGUCAGAUGCAGAACUGGGAGCAGUGCUUAGUCUCCUAUCUUGUUACAUCUUCCAAUUUACUACUGCUGUGUUAUUAUAACUUAAAUCUUGCUUUAACAGUUACUUCUCCUGCGUUAUCUCUGAGCUCAGCUGGUGUUCCUAAUCUUUCUUUUCUUGGUAUAUUAUUUUCAGUCUAACCAAUUGCAGUUGGUCAUUGUUGUAUCUCUUAUGCUGACUCUGUGCAUCAGUAAAAGCUCACUGGUGCAGAUGCACCACCUGUAUGUUUGUUUGAAAGCUGUCUGCCCUCAAGGCAAUCUUUGUACUGCCUGACUGUACUUCUGAUAGAUCCAGUUGCAUGUUAUUAGCAGUCUCUUAUGUCUAAAUUCAACAGAAUUCAUUGCUAUUUUUUCAGUAUGGAUUAAAAUACCAAUUUUGGGCUUUUUAAAAUAUAUUUGGUGCUUUGUUGAUGAUGAGAAGUUCUCACAAUCCUGGCUCUUCUCAUGGCCUGUCUACAGUGUCACAGAAUUCUCUGUUCCAAUGAAGAAACCACACUUGGAUUUCAUCUGUAUGUGAUUACUUCCUCCUGACUUGGCAUUUCAUGGUUAUGUAAUUACUAUUCUAAUUUACUGUUAUCCUUAGUCCUGAACUCUGCUUUUUGGAGACCUCUUUACGUUUCUUUGUUUCACAAAGGCUGCUGUCAUUGGUGGGGGUGGUACUGCUGUGUGUUUGGGGAGCAGAAUUGAUUGAAUUUCUUCAUUUUCAAAAUAUUGCUUGGCACGGUGUCUUAAUGAUGUUGUUUCCAGGCUCACUAAAUGCUUCUGUGUGACCUUUGAUCUUCUGUCUGUUUUAAUAAUUCUCCUUCUUUACCCACAGAAUCUGUGCUAAUUGCUCAUACUUAAAAACAAACCAACAGAGAUGUGUAUGCCUGUAUUUCAGUUGCAGAUGCUGAGUGUUUACUUUCAAGUCAGUGUUAAUAAGAACGAUGAGAGGAUGGUGAUGUUGUUUGGGGGAUGAGACAUCAAGGUACACAUGAAUCAUUCUUUUCAUUUCCAUGGAAAAUCCUAUCAUGGAAUGUUCAAUCAUAGGACAUUCACAUUGCUGGGUUGAAUUUUAGCUUGGAAAACUCCAGUUCCUAUAGAGAGUCCUUCUUGUUUCUGGUGUGGACAAUUUUUUUUGCUGUUUGUUCAAAAAAGCUGUAUAUUGUUUCCAUCCCUAAUCAGGAUUUUGUUCUUUUUCAUCCAACAUAGCCUGCGUGUCUGUAGAAAGUAGAAGUGAUCAUUUACCUUUAGAUUAUAAAUCCUUUGGGUAUACAUAAAGCACUGUAGGUGUAGAAGACAAUCAUUCGUCCCCAAAGGUUCCUUAUUUUUUUUGUUAAUAUUUUGAUUUCAUAUUCUCUCUGCAUAUCACUCCCUGCAUAUGUAUUACCAUUGUAAUUGAUGGUGUGACUCCUAAGCACCUCUCCUAACUGCUGAUUCUGUGAUGUCUCUCCAUUUGAAGAAGCUUUGAGCCCACUCAUCCCUGUGGGUGAGUCAGUCCUCAGCAGUGUAUGAUUUACAAUCAUGCUUUGUGGAGCUUCAGACAAGUUCUCUUGUUUAAGGAAGAUGUCUUCUGAUCUGAGCAAGUUUGUGCUAGAUCCUGAAUUAACCUCCAGAUAACGUUGCUUGUUUGCAUUUGUUUAUCUUCUGUAAAAAUAAAACCCAAGUUUUACACAUACUUUGCAUGAUUCCACCUUCUGCUUUGUUUGGCUGUAUGCAGCAUGGAUGCAGGUCUAGGCAUUCAGUGACAGCAGGACAGUAACGCAGACCUUCACCCCUUCCCACUUUUCCAUUUCACAGGGUCGUGUUGUCCACAGGCAGUUGUGUGCUGCUGCCUUUCUUGAGGCAUUAUGUAACGGAGUCUUUUUUAUAGUUAGAGCUUGUCUGCCUGCUGAAGAGAUCACAGGUUUAAUAAUAAACUUAAUGGAAAAGACAACAAUCUUCUUUGAGAGAAGCAGAGAGAAAGACCAAGUGUUGGGUUAUUUUUAUAUCAGCUGCCAUAGAGUGGGGAUGGCGUUAUUGCCCUGCAGUGGGUGAGGUGAGUGGGUCAGUGCGACAGGGCUCAUACCGAGUAACAUGCCACAAAUAAGACUUUAAGAAAAGACUGGUUCUUUUGCAUUAGCACAGAUCCAGUUUGUGGUGAAUGGACAGGUGGAAUAUGGGUUGUAUGGAGCAGUCCAAGGUAGGAAAACAAUGUCUGUAAUUCUUAGAAGGUUUACUUUGUAAUGCCAUUGCUGUAGGAGGUGGUAGCUCUUAUUUUCACCUGACCUUAUAACAGGUUAGGCUUUAAGUGGUGCUGGAAAUAACUUUGUAACGUGUUUUCCAAGUUUUAAAUAAUUCACUGUAUCUUUCAGGACAGGAGAGAGACUACAGCACAGCAGACUUGUUGGAAAUCCUCAGCUUGCUCAGAAUGGAUUCAUACAGCCUUUGUGCGCAAAAAGAGCUAUAUAUAGAUGCACACUGCAGGCGAGCUGUAUGCUGUGCAGGCUCAGGACCUGCUUUACCCAAAGCAAAAGCCAUAUUCUUCUUUUGAGCAUGGUCAUUCCUGUGUCGUAUGGUAUUCUCAGCACAGCUGUCUCUGUAAAAUCAGAGUGCAGGUUUUAAAUGAGUCUUUGAACAGGAAGGUUGGAAUUUCACCUGUGGAGGGGAGUGGGGAAGCACAGAGACCUGUAUCUCUUGAGCCUGCAGCUUGGAUACUGUGGCUUAUCCCUACAACCUAGCAUGUGAUGGAGGCAGUUUCAGAUGCCUUAUACCCUCACACGAGCUGAGAGUGACUUUUUUUCCCCCUAUUUCUUUAGUGCUUGUGCAGAUAAAGGUUUCUGCUUUUCUUGUAUUGGUGUAGGUUUUUUUUUUUUUUUUUUUUUUUUUUACCUCUCCAGAUUUUCUAUUUUUUCUUCUUUUUACUCCUCAGAAUGCCACAAAUUGCAGCAUUUCCUGCUAUAAAUCCAUAUAGAAAGUGAAGGUGAACUAUAAAAGGAAAACUGUUUGGUGUAAGCUUAUGGUGCUACAACUACUCCCCCAGUUCUUCUCUCUGCAGUAUCCAAGUGUAAAUCUCUCCUUGUCAUUUGUGGGCAUGGCUCUAUCGAUCUUGCAUAGUGGAUUUCACACUGGCACAGUCCCCUGUGAUGUGCAUACAUGGUGGGGAAGCAGGAUGUUCCCCAGACACAGGUCAGCAGACACACACUAUCCCAUCAGUCACUCAAGACAGAUCAUUUCAAUGCAUUUUUAAGCCACAAAGAGCAUAACCUCAGCUGCCAUGUUUGACAUAAUUUGUCAAGUGUAGCCAAGAUAAUUUCUGUCCCUGUUGUUUUUCAUGCGUGCAGUGUUUCAUGAUGUGCUCUCUUAAAAACAUAGAGAGGAAAGAUGAGGCUUGAAAUUUCCACAUUGCACUCUUGAAUGUGAAGUUGGAUUUGCCAUUGUGACAUGAAGAUGAUAGCUGGGCUUCUUUUUGCAGCAGAAAGAUGAAGGAAUGUAGGUAAAAGAGAACAACACUAAGAUCAAGAUAAUUAGACAGAUAUUUAUCUCAUGGCAUGGAUUUUGAUUUAAUCAAACAGGUCAUGUUCAAUUGAUACACAUAUGUGUGUGUAUAUAUAUAUAUCUUUUUCUCUUACUACAUCUAUACGUAUAUGAUUAUAUUUGGGCAAAUCUUUCUUACCUGCUCUUUGUGAAUGUCAUCUUUGAAGAUAGACAGUGGUAGGUUUGACUGUUGUAUUUUCAAGAAAUCUUCUAAACCAGCAUUGGAAGCAGAGCAUUUUACAGCACCAGCCUGUGGAAAAACAUCUAAAGGCUGCCAUUGUGUCAUUCAGGCAAGAACAACUGAAAGCCCUUAUGCAUUUCAUCUCCUUUUCUGUUCCUCAACACUAUAAAUAAUUCAGAUCUGUUGGCUUAACUACGACUGGCAACUGCUAUUUAUUAAGAAUGACUGAAAUAACUGUGUAGCUCAGUAGAAUAGAAUGCAUUUGGGACUUUAAUAUGAAACAGAGUGGCUAAAACAUUUUGGUUGUCCUUUGAAGAAAAAAAGUCUUAAAACCUACUGCGAAUAUCCCCUACAACUCUGCAAAGGAUAAGUGUCAGUGGGAAUUAGGAUGUGAUCUUUCCAGAGUAAGCAAGGGUUUGCUCACAUACAAGAGCAUGCACACUGAUCUUGUAGCACCAUUUCCCCUUUCAGUAUCGUGUUCUGUGUGCAUCGUUAUCAGUAAUUUUGAAAUUGAAGUUACAGUUAAAUCUUUAGUUUGCUCCAGUGUAAAAUAUAUGUAUGUAUUUGUGGUUAUAAGUUUAUCUGUAAAAUGCUUUUUAAACACUUUGUAUAGAUUUUGUUUUCUUUUAGCAGGCAAAAAAGCAGCAAUAUUUUCUAGUGAUCAGCGUCAAGUGAAUUGCAGUUCUCAUUUCUUUCCUGGUUUAGGGUUAAUUAACAAUACCCACCCCUCCUUGGUGCUGUUGACCAUUAGAGUUGGAAUGGCUUUCUGAAGGUCGAUGUCAUUAUCCCUAUUCUACAGACAAAAAAUUAAUCCAUUGGAAGGGCUAAAUUCAGGCAGGGUAUUGCUACAGCAGAAAUAGAGUAUGUUGCUGUGGAGCAGCAGAUAUUUGGCUGUACAUCAUAAGAUGUAUUACUGUAUAACGUGAGAACGCUUUUGCAAGUCAACUGAUUAUAAAUGGUGCAUUUGGAAUAAAUUCUGUAUCACAGAAGAGUUGACAUCCAGGACUCGGAUGACUAAUUAUCUAAUCUUACAUCUGGCAUAAACACCCAAGCCAUUUGUACAAUGAACUGCAUUUCACGAGAGAGAGAAGGGAGAAAGAGAACAUUCUCUGCUGACUCAGUGGUCGUAAAUCUUCUGGGGUGUGUUUUGCUUAUAUUUGGUAUUUGUCCAAGGGGCUGAAAGAAGUAAAGUGAUCAAAUGUCAUUUGAAAAUCCUGGCCUGCAGCUUCUAUUUUUCUCAUUUACCUGAAGAUAAAUAUUUCAGUACAGGCACAAUUAUUUGGGGAAUAACUCUGUGGUAUCACUGAAUGGGCGCUGUAGAUUUAUUACCUUCACCUUUUAUUUUUUUGAGAACUCAUUUUACAUUUAUUUGCCUUAAUAAUUAUCUACACUGGAAAUAUAAAGGAGGAGAGCAGUAUGUUCUGCUAUGAAGCCUUUUGUUUCAUUUGCAUGAAAUCAAGCUGUAAGCUACAACACAGCUCAAUACAUUUUUCUUUUUUGGCCAGCAGUCAGAGAACUUUGGCAUGGGAAUGUGACCUGAAAUAGAAUAGAUGCUCUGCGUGGGGUGAUUCUUAUUGAGCUUUUGUUCAUGGACGUGUUGAAUUUAUGUGGUAUUUCUCUUCAAGGUAAGGAAAAUAUCAGUGAUAGUUUAUUUUUAACAGAGAGGAAAAUAGGAGAUGAAUCAGCAAUAAGUAAAUGAUAUGUACAAACUUUUCAGGGCACAGUGUGACUGAUGCAACAAGGCUUUCUGCAGCACAAACUUUUCCAGAUAGUAUGACAUGAAUAAGAUUUACGAAGGAGAGAUCAUCAAAAACUCCAAGUAGGGCAUAAAACACUGAAAUAAAAGGAAUGUAGGUAAAUGUCUUCAGGACAAUUUUAGACACUCUCAUUGAUUUUAGUUGGCAUCUCAUUCUGGCUGGACAAAAUACAGAAUGUAUAAAUUAAAUUUAAUGUAUACUGUGUAUGGUUUUAUGCUGAUGUUGGCACACUUUCAGAUGUAGAAUUAAAUUACUUUUUCCAAUAAGGCAGCAUAGAUUGAGGCAUGGAUUCCUUUCUUUGCUAAUGGAACUAGUAGAAAGAUAUUGAAUUAUGCUGAGUUUCAAAUUGACUGAGAGCCAAAGAGAGGAAAAAAUCAAUGACAUUUUUGAUGUCCCUUAGAGCUUUUUAACAGGCCCCAGCCUAGCAGGGAAACUCACUGUGAGAUAAUAGCUGUUGACAUUGGUUUUCCCGUUAAGAAAUGUGUUUCUUCAGGUAAGCAUGCAUCCUGCAUAGUCAUGGACAUCGUUAUCGCUCCGAGCACAGGGAUGCUAAGUAGGCAGUGACUGCUAUUUGGGACGCCAGUCAGAGGAUCUUGGUUACAAGCUAUGCGUGUCACUCAAAUGUUAAGCAUCUCCGUCUGAACAGAGAACACACUGUGUGAAUAUUCUUUUACAGAGAUUGGCUUGAAUAACAACAACAACAAAUAAAAACAGAGAGGGAUCUUUUAUUUCAGUAUAAAUUCCUGAAAGUACACAUGACUCAGGUGGUUAGAGACCAGCUAUGUAAAAACAACCAAAGAUCUCAUCAUUAUAAUAAAUGUCCAUCAAAUAGGUGACUUGCUGGUAUUUUAAAAUAUUUGUAGUAUUUUUUAUAAUUUUGUAAAAAUGUACUUGAUAGCAGCAGCUAUAAUUUAAUAAAAGAUGGUCCAGUCCCUCAGAAUCUUGCUGCUCAGAUGGAAAAGGUUCUGAUUUAGAUAGACUAAUGCAUAGAUACAGCCUCAACAGCUCAGUGUUGUGUCAGAUUCAUGGACGCUGCUCCACAUCUGUAAUGAAAUAAUUUCUCUUUGCCUUCCUUCGAAGUUCAGGUUUACCUUUCAUUUAAUAACAGAUGGAUAUAAUUCACCUCUGAAGGACUCUAGUCCUAGAGUGGUAUUUUAAGAGCGAACUCUAUACCUUCAGCUCUUUGAUGUAAUGAAGAAAACUAUCAUAUCAUCACUUCUGGGAAUUCAGUUUCUUGCAGUAAUUUUGCUUUCUGCUCCUUGAAGUUUCAUCUUGUUUUUUUAAGGGCUAUUCAUGUUAUCAUAGGCUUCUGUCAUUUUAAAGGCGGGCUUCAAUGCAGGUGGCAUCAGCUCUGCAGAGACUGAAAUACAGGUAACCUCAGAACUGCUAUGUUGUGAGAAUGAGUUAGAGAAAUGAAAGAGUUAGGUCUCAGAAAUAAUAUACGGAUAAUCCCUACAGCUCUGUAGAGGCUGUUUUAUGUAUUUUGUAUUCUUCACAUUUCACCCCUCCAGCAUCAAUCAUUAUUAGUGAUAGUCAUUAGAUCACACAUAUUUGUGUGAAUGGUUGUGAUCAGUAGCCAUUUAUUUUUUUAGAUGUACACCAGUCAGUACAUGACAUUAUACCUCAUCACAGAGGCACAGGUGUGAUCCUGCCAUUUUGUCCUGCUUUUAGCUUCUGGCUUUCUGCACUGCCAUUCACACUCACCCCUCUGGAGGAAGGGAGGAGCAACUUGUUGCGCUUAAUCUAAUUCAGGUGCUGAAGACAGCGUGCUAAAACUCAGGGGUUGCCUCGUAUGAUCUGUGACACAGGAUAAAAUUCUACUAAUGCCAUUCUGAAAGUUAAUUUCCAAAGUCUGGUUUGUAAUGGAAGAAGGCUGUGAUGCUUGCACAUCCUGUCUACCCGCCAGGUUCCUCCCACCAAUCAGCCUAACCUUGCAGGCUAUCUUCAAUCCAAUUUGAAAGAAGAACUGGAGUCUACAAGAUAACUAAAUACCUUUUAAUUUUUUUGACGACUGAAGGCAGAAUGGGUGAGAAUGGUCCUCCAAGGUAGGGUGGCAGGGGUGAGCCCCAUUGCAUUACCUGGCAGCCUCCCAGCCAGCUGUGCCUGUCUGCUCCUGCUGCUCCUGUCCCUCACUUGGCCACCAGGAGCUUCUGGUGAGCCAGAUGUUAGAGCAGUGUGUUAGGAAGCCCACAUGGGAAUUGUGCUGAAACACGACAGGGAUGGGGAAGUUGGAUGUGAGUCAGCACAGCUGGAAAAGUGCCUGGUCUUGGGUUUGGCAGCCACUGGCAGUUCUUGUGCCAGCUGCCUCGGAGGAUGGGAGUUGGCACAGCCCUCCCCUGCAGUGCCUGGCUGGAGAGGCAAGGUGGGGUGUCCCUCUGCAGCCAGCUCUCCCAAGGGGUCACAGAAAAGAGGAUAUAAACAAUCACUUCCAAACACACUUUCAUGGGUGAUUUUUUUCAGUGUUGUGCCAAUGUUUUAAUUCUGCUCUCUGCCCUGUAUUUUUUUUUAAUUAGACAGUUUGAUGUCCCCUGCAGUACAGUGGUUUCUUUACUUCCUUAUUUAUAAGUUCCUAUCAAAAUCCCUGACAGAUAAGUGCAGCACCUGAGCCCUUUUGUGGGAUUGAUGCCAACACACUCUAAUUGAGUUGUGUGUUCUUGCAAAUGUUUCCUGUCUGAUGACCAAACAUAAUUUCCUAGAGUUUUCCAUUCAUACCUGUUUCACACAUGCUUUACUGUAGAGAGAGUAUGAUUGACGCUGAAGGGGUGAAAUGUGAAGAAUAGGUUUUAUUCUAUUUUGUGAUAUAGGGUUUCAGUGAUUGCAAUUAAGGAGAACUUGUGCUAUUUACCAUCAGCAAAAAUCUCCAAACCUAAUAAGAAUUUGCAAAGAGAAAUUAGUGUCCUCAUGAUAAUAAUUUCAUCCUCAUUCACUAUACUUAUCUGUGGAGUCUCUGGGACAUUUCUGAGAUCAUAACCUCCCUGAAUGCCUUGGCAAGUAAGAUGCAGCUAUUACAAAAUUAAUACAGCUUUAAAACAGUCUGCUGAGCGUAUUGAAGCUUCUUAAUCCAGCUGUUAAAGGCACUAUCUUUUUAGGUCUAGUUAAGAUAGACUUAAUUACAGGAAAAUAUAAAUUUCUUCAUGCUCUCUAGAAGAUGGCAGUGAGUACAAUCCCAAAGGUUAAUUAUUUAGUAAACAAAGACCGCUGCAGUUUCUGUUUAGAAUAUGGGCAUGGUAAGCACAUCAGAAACGGUGUAUUUCUGUAGUGGUUGUGUAUUAUAUUUCUGUUGCUUACAACUGUCAACACAAGGACAGAAUCAUUUUGAAUGUGACCAGGCAGCUGUCUCUGUGAAGCCUAUAGAUAGCAGCUUCCUUGUGUAGAACAUUUUCAGCUCCUUCAAACAGAUUUAUCAAGCAUCUUUACUGCCUCAACACUGCCAGCUCAAAUGACUUCUCAAGGAGCUUUGGUUAUGCAAUCUUUUAAGAAGUGCAUUGUUGUUUUUGUUUGUUUCUUCUCUUUGUUUGCUUUUUCUGUUUUAGUAACUCACUGCAGCAGCUAAAAUCUAGUGCAGGAUUUCAGUGUGUUUUAGGAAAAACAUACCCAUUUGUCCACCAUGACAAGGCUUUAAAUAAGCUUCUAAGCUUCCACCUGCUGUGCAGAGCAGCGGGACAGCACAGGGCAAAGCAGAGCAGUGAGCUCAUGGGGGAAGCAGUGCUUUGUGAGUGAGGAGAGGAGAACCUUCAGAGACAGGAGCUGGAAAUAGCAUUAGUCUGGCAUAAUUAGAAUAGCACCCGUAAUUGUUGUGGGAUCUGAGGACUGCUUGGUGGAAUGUUCCUCUCUGACGUACAGACGUUAGGAGACAAACAGAAAACCCUUGGCUUGUGCCUUGUUCCAGUGGCUGUCCCCACAGACAGGAGGUGGCUGAACAGAGCUGGGUAAGAAGCAAAAGGAUCUUCCCAAAGAAUUUCUCUGUUCAUUACUGCUGCAGUUCACAGCAUGGGAACUUUCAGUAAUAAAGACUGUAAAGGUUUCUUCAAAGGGCUUCCAGGCUGUUUGAGAAGCUCCAUCUGGAAAGGUCUCAUGAGACUUUGGAGUGCUUUGUAAAUACAGGCUGGGGACAAAUGAGAGUUUUCUUAAAUUGAAUUCUUGCAAAACUUGCUUUCUAACAAGAACUUGCAGCAGGCCACAUUAACACGGGAAUGUUUACCAAAUUGCAUCCCUGGUGUAAUGCCUUUUGGAAAGUGUACAGUUAGCUUGUCAUCCCUAUAAAGACUUUUACUAACACAGUAAAUUAGAGGUCUUAUGGGAAUGUGCUGUAGUUGGUUCUUUUCAGGUCAUGUUCUUGGUCUUGGAUUACUGUGUGAAACUAUAUAUGAUGCUUUAUACUGUUUGCCUGUGGAUUUGUUUUGUGUUUCAGCAGAUUGAAUAGCAUUUCUAUUUAAAUCGUGUUUCAUUCCAACUAAAACAAUUGGUGUUCUGCAGUGCCAGGGGAUUCUUGAGGUAAUAGGAACGCUGUAUGGUUUGUGAUUUACUGACCAUUUUAGCCUUUGAGAGGCAUCAAUACAUUUCAAUCCAUUUUUCUUGCUUUGUUUGAGUCAGUGAUGCCUCAUCAGUUACACCACACCAUGACAGUGGGAGUGUUCUCAGCACUGGUGGCUCUUGAUUGUGGAUUUCGGACAGAGGCAGCAGUAUGCCUAUAGCAUCAUUUUUCCAACAGCAGUGCUAAUGCUCCAGGAGCACCAGCAUUACCAAAUCUAAAGAACUUGAUGUCAUACUUUCACAGUUUUCCCAUCUUUGAAAUGCUUCAGCUUUUCUAAAAAUGUGUUUACUUCGUGCAGUUGUUUAUGACUGUGUGUUAGCUGCCUGCAUCAGACAAAACCUGCCUGUCUGGGGCUCUUACUUAUCUGUACGCUCCACUUAGCACCUCUGGCAGCAUAUGAGAAUGGAGAAUAUGAAGCAAGAAGAAGCUAUGAAAGCUCCAUAGAUCUUACAUAGACUGAAAAUAUCACCUGCUAUCAUCUUCAUAUUUUUCUCUUUGCUUAUGUUUUUAUAUUGAAAUCUCAGAGUAUUUGAUGAACAUUGAAGUAAGCCUCCUACAGCCUUCCUCCUUCUCCUUCUCUCCCCCAGGAAAUGACAUUAUCACCCCCUCUUUGUAGAUGAGGAAUUGAAGGUCUGAGUAGUGAAGUGACUCGUCCAAGGUCAGCUCCUGAGCUAGUGGCAUGGCUAUGAAUAGGCAGAGACAUUCUGGCUCUCAACUGUGCUAAACAAGAUUGUGCCCUCCUGGUUUCAGUUCAUCAUAACUUGAUGACUUUUAAUAUUUGAACGUAAGAACAUCACAGUAGAAUUAAUUUUCAACCAGCCAACAGGUAAUCUUUUGUUACAUCAGCAGCAGGACACAAAAUAUCUUCCAUGCCCUCAUGGAUUCUGUCUGCUAUUGCUUGCUUUGUGUAAGGGAAGAUGUGAGGAGAGCUGAGGACUACUAGAAAGAGUUAUUUGAGCGUGGGUCUUUGUUGUUUAGCGGGAUGUGUAAUUGCCCUUCAUUUCUGGCUGCUGCUUUAGCUAGAGCAACUUCAGAUGAAGUCCUUCAGAGUGAUCUUUCAGCACACUACUUACCAAAGCAUGUGGACAACGCCGAUGGGAUUAUACAGAUUGAGACAGUGAAACUAGCCCGCUUAGUUUUUAGCAAACUCCAUGAGAUCUGCAGCAACUGGGUGAAAGAAUUCCCACUCCAGCCGAAGCCACACCGCUAUUAUGAGACGUCCAUCCACGCCAUCAAGAAUAUGCGGAGGAAAAUGGAAGACAAGCAUGUCUGCAUUCCAGACUUCAAUAUGCUCUUCAACCUCGAGGACCAAGAAGAGCAAGCCUAUUUUGCGGUGUUCGAUGGCCAUGGGGGAGUGGAUGCUGCCAUCUAUGCCUCCAUCCAUCUCCAUGUGAACAUGGUCCAUCAGGAGAUGUUUCAGCACGACCCGGCAGAGGCGCUGUGCCGAGCUUUCCGGGUGACGGAUGAGCGCUUUGUCCAGAAGGCAGCCAGAGAGAGCCUGCGUUGUGGAACCACCGGGGUGGUGACUUUCAUCCGAGGGAAUAUGUUACAUGUGGCUUGGCUUGGGGACUCCCAGGUUAUGCUUGUGAGGAAAGGCCAAGCUGUGGAACUGAUGAAACCCCACAAACCAGAUCGAGAGGAUGAGAAGAAACGCAUCGAGGCACUUGGUGGCUGUGUGGUCUGGUUUGGAGCAUGGAGGGUAAAUGGGAGCCUGUCAGUCUCCAGAGCUAUUGGGGACGCUGAGCACAAGCCAUACAUCUGUGGGGACGCAGACUCUGCCUCCACUGUACUAGAUGGCUCUGAAGACUACCUCAUUUUAGCCUGCGAUGGUUUCUAUGACACGGUCAAUCCCGAUGAGGCAGUCAAAGUGGUGGCUGACCAUCUAAAGGAAAAUAAUGGUGACAGCAGCAUGGUAGCACAUAAAUUAGUGGCAUCCGCUCGGGAUGCUGGUUCCAGCGACAACAUUACUGUCAUUGUGGUAUUUCUCAGGGACAUGAAUGCAGCAGUCAGCGUUAGUGAGGAGUCGGACUGGACAGAGAACUCUUUUCAAGGUGGGCAAGAAGACAAUGGGGAGGAUAAGGAAAACCAUGGAGAAUGCAAGCGACCGUGGCCCCAGCACCAGUGCUCAGCACCUGCUGACCUAGGCUAUGAAGGACGAGUGGAUUCCUUCACUGAUAGAACUAGCUUAAGCAUAGGGUCCGGCAUUAACCCAUUUGAUGAUCAAGGUUAUGUAGACCUGACAAAAACAGAAACUAGUAUGCCUAAUAGUGCCAAAUACCUGCCACCAAUUCAAGUGUUUAGUCCUGGUAUACCAAAGAAUGCAAGUUUGAUUAAUGGUUUAACAGUGAAGAAUGAGUCACCAGAGAGCACAUCAUCGAUCUGUGGACAGAGCAAUCCCAGGGAGUACAGCGCUCCUGUCAGUUUGCAUGCUGCAGGGCAGAGCAUCUACAGGGUGAAGGGUUUAACCCCCAUCUCCUUUGGGCUGGAAGAUGAACUGUUCAAGUCCUUGGGAAAACAAGUUGCAUUCUUUCAUUUCCGAUUCUGUAAUGGGAAGAGGCGACGAGGAGCCAGGCUCAAACCAAAGUUUCACACGCCGCUCUUGGCUCGUGAGCCUUCCCACAGAGAGGGGUCGGGUCUGCCCUUGCCUGUCCGAAGCCGUGGUAGCACGAGGCUGUUGGUAAGACACUCCCCAUGGUGGAGGCUGCCUAGACCUAACGCUUACAGUGAGAGCAUGUUUUUGAUGCGAAGACAAAGUCAUUGUAUACCAGAUGCAUACCUUCAUCAAUGCUGUGAGAUGUAACUGUAUCCCUUGUGUUUCCCCUUCAGACUCCCAAAAUAGACAUUCCCAAAAUAAAACUGGCAUCAUCAGGAAGAAGAAAAAAAAAAAAAAAAAAAAAAGUGGGCAUUUCAGAAGUGUGCUACAGUCCCCUGCAAAGCUCAAACCAUGUGUAAAUAGAUCUAGGAAUUAACAAAUAUAGUUGUUUCAAUCUCCACAAGGUUUGCUGGUGGUGCCACCCGAGCAAUGCCACAGCCACCCGCACACACAGUAUCUAGUCACACUCACCAGUGAAAGCUGAAUAGCAGGGUCCUGGGAACAGAUACUGGGAGGGAACAGUCCUUGAAACUGCAGGAAGGUGAACCCACCUGAGAUGCAUCUAUGGAGCAAUAUGUCAAGAAAGGUUCUGGUUUAGAACUGCCAAUUUUUUUUUAGAGUGGGGAGGAAGUUUCCAUAGAAGUCCAGGCUGUGUGGGUUAUUUUGUGUUCUGCUGUUCUGCUUUCUGUUUAUUUCAGGCUAUCAUUAAGAUGAAUCAGAAAAUUACAUCCACUUUUGCAGGUAAAAGACUAAAAGCCAUACAGGGUUUUACCAGGUAACUUAGGAAUGGACAAACUAAGCUCCUGCUACUCUGUUCUCAGACUCCGAUUGAGGUACAGACUCAUAAUUAACCUAUUUUUUUCUUGUAAGAUAAAACAUGGAAUAUGAAGAAAACUGUUUUUGUAGUUUUUAAAAAAAAUAUUUCCUAUGGCUAGGGGUGCAGCAUAGGGAAUUUCGUAUAUUUCUGGUGCUUUUAGUGGCAUUUUUCUUGUUUGUCAGUUUAGGAAACUGUUCUCAGUUGGUUUUAAUCAAAUAUGAUUGUGCUUCAUGCUUUGAGCCAACCUCUCUCCACCGUAACUUCAUCUCAGGUCUUAAAAGAAACCACAUCUGUGGAGAUGUUCAGUACAGUACUGCUGUCACUCAACAAGUCAAAUCAGAGAACUGCUUGCUAGGAAUAAUGAGCAAUUCAGGAGCUGUUUGGUUUCAGUAAUGAUUUCUAGAUGGCAGUGGCAUAAUUGAAUAUCAGGUUGCAGCACGAAGGACAGUCAGAUGCUGCGUCUACAAGAAGCAUUAAUGCUGCAAUUUGAUGCUUUCCACAAUGUGUCAGAAGGGCUGCCGGAGCAAUCCAAAGCAAAUGGAAAUGCCAUGGAUGCCUAUGAGCAGGGGAUGUGCUUGGGGUUUAGUGCAGGAGGUAAAAUUCUCUGACAAUCCACAGCUCUGCUUUGGUUAAAGCUGAAUUCAGAAAGACAAGUGAGGAAUAUCAGUAAACCUUAUACUAAUCGGCAGAGUGCUGUUGAUCAAACUUGGCAUCAAACAGCACCCACCAGCUCUGCCCUGCUCUUGAGGUGAUGUUAAACCCUUAAGGGAGCACUGAAUUAGGACCUAAGUAAGCAGGCUAUUCCCAUCAGCUCCACUGAAUAGGCAUCCUGUUACUAUUAUUUGUUACAAUAAGACAUUUGGAGGAGUAUGAAUAAGUAAGUCUUUGUGAGCAUUUAUUGUACAAUUCAUUAUCAUUUUAGCAGUAAUAACUUAAUAACAGUAUUAGUAUUUAGCUAGCAUUUGCAAAGUAUUUUAAUAUUAAGUAGUCAGGAGAUUAUCUAACACAAAGAGAUGGCAAGGUUUGAAUUCCGCCAAUUUCUGCUGCUUCUGUCUUUGAUGCGCUAUUUUAAAAGCAGUUUUAUCAAUAGCAAAAGGCUUUGUGAGUAACCAGGAGUUGGAGUGUGGCUUCAGAUUCCUUUGAUCUUUUUCAGACUUUUUUUUAAUCUUGUGGGAUCAUUGGCUCUUAUCUGUCAUCUUAGUAAGCCUUAGCUGUUGUCUGUGUUCUCUUUAGCUGCAGCAUAUGUUCCAAGUCAGAUUUACUAAGGAAAUUUGAGAAAUGGUGAAAUAUGCAACUCUGGGGCAUCUCUAUGGUGCCUUUGUUUUAAAUUAUUCACAGUAAUAAUAAUGCAUUGAAAGUCCAUCUUAUAGCUGACUCGUGUCUGAGAGAAUGGUGGUGUAAGUGCAAUUCUUUGUAAGAGUAAAUUAGAAUGACAAACUGUUACGGAUGACAAAACUUCUUCCCAGCCUGCCAGAGCAGUUGAAGAGCACUGGACUGCAUGUGUGCUGUUUGGGGAAGGAUAUAGCUUUUUAGGUGUGGAUUCAUCAAUGAUAACUCUGCUACUCAUACCAUUUAUCUCACUAGGAGAACAAUCUGCCAUCGUAGUUCCAGUGUGGUCAGGUUAGAAAACAAACCACAAACCAUUGUAUAGAUAGCAAGUGUUCAUUUCUUCGCUAAAUGCAUAUUUAUAGAGUAGAUAGGAACCAUUUGUAAGGUAAGUCCUUUAAAGUUCUAUAAUAUUAAGUAGUGGUUAUUGGUCUGAUAUAUGCUGCUCUUGAUUCUACACACUAGACAAAAAAGCAGUGCUUUGUGAAAUGCAGUGUUUUCUCUUAAUGCCACUGGUGAUAGGAAGUAGUUCUCUUCAGUUCAGAAGCCUGUGCCCUUAUUUGCUGCUUGCUAACGUAAGCAAUAAUCCCCCUCUAAUGGUAUCUAAGUGUUCUGUAUCUCGUACUUUGAUCGUCUAUCUGGUGACAAUGUAAAAAUAUUAGGCUAAUAUAAAAAGUAUUUAAUUGUAUUUAUUAACUGUUGAUACUGAGAUUGUCUGUGACCUGUGUUUUGUAUUUUUAUCGUGUAUCUUAGUAGUGGUGGAAUUUGUAUAACAAAUCUUUCCAAUAAAGAGCUGAAGUAUCCCUUUUCCGCAUUGACACAACCCGCAUCAGUUUCAGUUUACGUAUUGAGCGUGUUUGCAGAACUAGGAGGUAGGUAGUGAAAACUUUUCUUUUUGAAUUUAUGCUGGUUUUGAGCAAUGGGCUUCAGGCUGACUGAAGCUGCUCCAAACUGGCUUGCACGCUAUUCACUGUGAGUGCUAGAGGGGUUCACUUAAUCCCCACUCUGAUAAGUUUCCUGUGCACACUUUUUAAAUGUGCAACUCUGAGGAAUGUCUGCGUUGCAGAGAGCAGUAUAGCACCAGACCAGGGAGCUGUUAACCCAUUUCGAUUUGCACUAAAGGUGGGUGGAAACACAUGUAUAUAAUUUUUCUUUUACCUAGAAGUGCCAUCGAUUGUCCUUGCAACUUAAAACCAUUCAGUAUUUGAUUUAGAUUGCGUUAUUAACACUGAAGGACAAUGUCAAAGCAGACGACUAACUUAUGCCACAUUUAUAGUGGUACAUUGUCAUAGACACUCCACUCUGUUUUUGGAACACUGUGUGUCAGUGAGAAAUGCAUUGUCCUAUGGGCAGAUAAGAUGAGGCAUAACGAGUUCCAUGUUUAGAGAAAUGACUGCUGUAGUUCAGGUCCACUCUCUCUUCACUAACUCCUCCCUACCCUGGCAAUGGUCUGCAGGAAAAAAAUAGGAGAAAGAUUGGUCUAAAUUAGGGGCUGUUUUAGCACAAUUUUUUCACUCAGCACUAGUCCCAUAAACAAAGCCAUUAAAGGGGAUACCCCAGCUUUGUUCAUGCCUGUAAUUUAGGGCAAUCUUUCUUUAAUUCAUACCUUCUUUACAACAGGAACAAAAACUUUCUACCCUUGUAUCGUGCAAUAAGUAAUAACGAAGCACCAACACAACCUCCGAAUGUUCGUAUUCUUCUCCAGUCCCUGAUAAUCAGGCGAUCGCACUAUAAUACUUGCCAGCAUUAAAGCUAAAGGAAAUAUAAAUCCCACCUCUUAGGGUCUAGUACAACUAUUGUAUGUCGCAACUGCAUCCUGUUAGUGGUUCUUUUGUUUUUUGUUUUGUUCUCUCCCUCUCCUUCACUCCAGAAGAGAUCCUGAAACGGGAACAGGGGAAGCUGGCUGAGCCCACCCUGAGUACCUCCAUGCAUAGAUAGCCAGGUGUGGGUCAGCUGCAGCACUGGGUGCUCCUGUUGAACCAUCUGUAGUACCUGUUUGUGAAACUAACAUGUUCUUUAUGCCGUGAAUAAAUGAAAGCUGAUCAUUUAGCAGUGUUGGGACUUUCCCUUUGCAAUUCUGUUCUACAGUUCACAUAUGAGUUUAUAGUUAUAACCAUGUAUUAGUCACCCAUAUUUUAUUUAUGAAGCUGUUUAUACAAAAACUGUUGAAGUUUUACCAAUAUCUUAAUAAAACAGUAAUUUAAACCACA